AUGGCAGGGAACAAUACUACCGACAUUGCGAAUUCGAGCGAAAAUGAAUCGUGUGAAAUUGCCCCAUCUUUGGCUAGCGUGAUUAUUAUAGCGAAUACGAUAUCGACAAUUGUUGGUGGAAUCGGGAACAGUCUUGUUUGCCUUGCGGUAUGGAAAACAACUUCGUUACACAGUCCUAUUAACUACUAUAUGGCUAGCUUGGCGGUCGCAGACUUGAUUGUGACGGUCGUAUGUCAACCAUUGAUGGUUGGCGUGAUUGGUGGCAGACUAACGGGUGAUUUAGACUGCGACAGCACACUGGAUACAGUUUAUCGAGCGAUCGGCAACUUCUCGUGUGCUUCAUCGUUUUUUCUCUUAUGUUGUAUAAGCUUAGAACGGCUCCUAGCCGUCCUCAGACCUCUAACGACAAUCAGAAGUGUGAAUAAUAGACGAUUCGGGGUGCUAGCAUCACUAAGUUGGCUCAUAGCGCUGUUAUAUUCGGUACUGCGUGUCACUGUUAGUCGUAAAUGGACUUCAUAUUUUUCUGCAGCUAGCUUUUCCCUCGGUUAUGUGUGGAUAAUUUCAUGUUAUGCUAUCAUUCUCGUUAUUCUCACCAUACAAGCAAAACGGCAAGCGAGCCUCACGAUAAGCGAAAGAACGCAACGAAAACACGAAAAGAAAAUCACGAUGACAAUGGUUUUGGUUAUGGGUUGUUUCACAGUAAUGUGGCUGCCAUUUUUUUGUUUUCGCUUAAGCAGCAACUCGACGCUGAACAGUGGUGUUAUAUACGAGCUGGCAAUAACUAUGGCAUUUUGUAACAGUAGUUUUAACGCUAUAAUUUACUCGUUCCGUAAUAGGAAAUACCGGAAGGCAUUUAAAGCUAUUCUCUUUAAAAAGAGUCCCAUGCCAGCUCGCGGUACUGCACGAACUACCGCUCAUUUGUCGGCGUAUCGGAAAACAUCGGGGAAUGUUCGUCAAGCGUCGUACGUCUUGAAACCGAUGACGUCACAUGAGCUGAGUCAGCUGACCAAUAGCUCGAAGAUGCAAGUUACGGACAGCGAAGGGUCUUCGCAUGGGGUAACAGGAAGUGAUCGAUCGUCAAAUAGCAUUAAUAGUGCAACCACUAAAUUCUCUACAAAGAUUCAACCACUGAACUGUUGA